GCACUUCCCCAUCCAGCUCCUCCCACUUGUCAACUCUCCUCCUUCCCCAGUCCCCCAGAGUCCAUCCCGAGGGCACGGACGGCGACCAUGUCGGCGGGGCCGGAGGAAGCCCUAAAGGCCUUCGAGCAGAGAGCUUCCGAUGCCGAGGCACGGUUAGCAAAGCUGGAAGCCCUGCUGCUGAACAAAGAUGGCUCAUCCGAGGCAAGUUCAUCUGCCAUGAGAGAUCUUCAGUCAAAGCUUGACGCAGCUACCAAAGAAUGUCUUGCUGAGAAGGAACAGAACCGGAAGCUCACCGUGGAGAACGAGAAGCUCCAGUACCGUGUGUCCCAUCUCAUCCGAACAAUCAAAGAGGCGGAGUCAAGGUAGAAGCCUCUGAUAAACUGGAUCUAGCAAAACUAAUUCUAUUAUCUCUAUGAGAGAGCCGUGGGGGCGGUGAUCAACUGUCCUGUCUAUGUGCUCGGUCUUGACAUCCUUGUUGGAGUUGGCUUAAACUGUUUAUUAUUCUGAGCUUUAUGAAAUGGGUCUGGUACGUGUAAGCUUGCCAGUAAUGUAUUGAUCAGGUCAGUUAUUUGUGUCGACGAACAUUGAAUGGCGUGUUGCUAUCGCAGCAAAAGAUGAAGAAAAAUAUUCUACGUGUGCAAGCUUA